GGCCCCUUUCCUAUCCUUCUGCAGGCAGCUGAAGGAUGGCAUCAGCAGGGAUGCAGAUCCUGGGCCUGGCGUUGGCCGUUCUGGGCUGGGUAGGGGCGGCACUGGCCUGUGCCCUGCCCAUGUGGAAGGUGACAGCCUUCGUGGGCAACAACAUUGUGGUGGCUCAGAUCAUCUGGGAGGGGCUGUGGAUGAACUGCAUUGUGCAGAGCACGGGGCAGAUGCAGUGCAAGGUCUACGACUCCAUGCUGGCCCUGCCCCAAGACCUCCAGGCCGCCCGUGCCCUUAUGGUGGUCUCGGUGCUGGUGGCGGCUGGCGCCCUACUUGUGGGCAUUGUGGGGGCCCGCUGCACCACCUGUGUGGAAGAUGAGGCUAGCAAGGCCCGGGUGGCAGUGGGCUCAGGUGCCCUCUUUGCCUUUGCCGGGCUCCUCUGCCUGGUGCCCGUGUGCUGGUCGGCCCACGCCAUCAUCCGGGACUUCUACAACCCCCUGGUGACGGAUGCGCAGAAGCGGGAGCUGGGCGCUGCCCUCUAUGUGGGCUGGGCGGCCGCCGGGCUCCUGGGCCUGGGGGGCGGACUCCUCUGCUGCUCCUGCCCCAAGGCGGACCGGACCUACAGCGCCCACUACACGGCUGCCGCCUCCCACCCCCGUAGUGACUACCCCAGCAAGAACUACGUCUGAAGGCACCGCUGUCCUCUACGUAGACCCAUCUGCUCCGGGAUCAGAAGCAAGACGGGUGUCAGAGGUGUCUCCUUCAACCUCCCAGAUCCUGAUGGACCAUCCCUUCCCCCACAUUCCCUCCCAAACAUGGUCGGCCAAUGGCAGAGGGUAGAAGAUCCAACCAGAACCCCCUACCAGGUGAUGUUGACCAGCCACAUUGGCACCCCAACAUGGUUAGCUAACAGUGGAGAGUAGAAGAGGGCCCAAUGGGAGCCCCCUCUUGGGUGACAUUGACCAUCCAACCACACUGGGAUGCCAGUGUGGCCAAUGACAGAGGAUAGCAGAGGACCCGACCAGAAAUCCCUGCUAGGUGACGUUGGCCAACCACACUAGGGUCACCAUGACGUCAGAGUUGGAAGGAGGCACCUCCCAUUCCCACCUCCAUAGAUGUCCAAGAAACUCAAGACUCUCCUUGUCCUCCCCAGUAGCAGUUGUGUCCAGAUGUGUCCCUCAAGUCAACCAAUUGGAGGGGGGAGAGGGUCUUCCCUUCUAUGCCCCCUCCUCCCAACCAAUGAUAGCUUGUCUAUGCUUCCAUGAUGGUUUUCUUCUGCCCUAUGACGUUGGCCAACCACGUUGGGGUCACCAUGAUGUCAGAGCUGGAAGGUGGCACCUCCACUUCCCAUCAUCCUCCCUCCCAAGAAACAUCCUUUGAAGCCUCCUGUCAGGUGCAAAGGUCAUCUCCAGGCCAGCGUCCUUCACCCAGAGCACCAAAAUGGCUUCUUGUCGUUGAGAUAAGAUGAGGAGAUCCAGUUCCUGUCUCCUUCCACCUCAUUGGGCCACAUUUCAACCCAAACCAGGGUUCGGGAAUGCCCGUGAGGCCUUAGUCUCUGGUUUCUUCCAUCAAGAUGUCUACAGAUGCCAUUCAGUGCCAAACAGUUAAAAAAUCCACCAAUCCUGGCCUUCUUGCCAUCCACGAAGGUGACUCUCUUUCUUUUUUUUGGACCAGGCCUCAGCCCAACCGGUUCUGGUCCCACCAGCCAAUCACGGUUCAUGAUGCAGAAGGGGGUCUCCAGUAGAGUAUGUCUACCCGCUUCUUUAUGUGCCCCAAAUGUCAUCCCAACUUGGAUGGGAAGGUGGGGUCUCCGCUUGCUGCCGUUGCCUCCAUUUUGGAUGUCGAAAAAAACCAUUGACUGGUUGAAGAUGAUGGAGAAGAGAAGGCCAAUCCUGGUCAUCUCAUAAUGCAGGGAGCCGAUUGGUCCAAAGAAACCUCAACCCAACUUGGGGUUGCGGAGACCCCUCACCCCUCCUCCCCCAUGAGAAUGUCCGAAAAAUGCUGUGUAGAUCCAAAGACGGUCUCCAGUUGACUCUCUUGCCUUCCCCCCCCCC